CCGGCCAGCUCACCCGGCCGCCCCGUGCCCCAGCCGCCGCAGCCGCCUCUCUCCCGAGCCCAGCCCCGAGGCGGACCUCCCUGGGAGCCGUGCCCCACUGCACUCGCCCCAGGUCCCCGACCCGGCCCGCACCCCGGACCGCGGGGCAUCGGGGCCAGGGGGCGCUCAGCACCUGGGCACUCCGAGCGAUGCGCAGCGGGGCAGCGCUAGCCCCGCCGAUGGAGCUGCUGCCGUCGCCGCCGCUCGGCGCACCCCGCUCCGCCCGCGCCCCGUGCGCCUGAGCGCCGAGCUCGCUCCUCCUCCGCGCCAACUCCGCCGCCCGCUCCCCAGGCCGUCCGUACUCCCCAGCGCCUCCCCGGGCUCUACGCGUCUUGCCCCGCCGAGGUAGCCUCCUCCGGGCUCGGGUCCUUGCAAACCAUGGCCCCCGGACGGACAGGAGCCGGCGCCACCGUGCGCGCCCGCCUGGCGCUGGCCUUGGCGCUGGCGAGCGUCCUGAACGGGCCCCCCGCCGCUGCCUGCCCUACCAAGUGUACCUGCUCCGCCGCCAGCGUGGACUGCCACGGGCUGGGCCUCCGGGCCGUUCCCCGGGGCAUCCCCCGAAACACCGAGCGCCUUGACCUGGACAGAAAUAAUAUCACCAGGAUCACCAAGACGGACUUCGCUGGACUCAAGAAUCUACGCGUCUUGCAUCUGGAAGACAACCAGGUCAGCAUCAUUGAGAGAGGUGCCUUCCAGGAUCUGAAGCAGCUGGAGCGAUUACGCCUGAACAAGAACAAGCUCCAGGUCCUCCCGGAACUGCUUUUCCAGAGCACGCCGAAGCUCACCCGACUAGAUCUGAGCGAAAACCAGAUCCUGGGGAUCCCAAGGAAGGCGUUCCGCGGCAUCGCCGACGUGAAGAACCUGCAACUGGACAACAACCACAUCAGCUGCAUUGAAGAUGGAGCCUUCCGCGCGCUGCGCGACCUGGAGAUCCUCACCCUCAACAACAACAACAUCAGCCGCAUCCUGGUCACCAGCUUCAACCACAUGCCGAAGAUUCGAACUCUGCGCCUCCACUCCAACCACCUGCACUGCGACUGCCACCUGGCCUGGCUCUCAGAUUGGCUGCGGCAGCGGCGGACGAUUGGCCAGUUCACACUCUGCAUGGCACCUGUGCACCUGAGGGGCUUCAACGUGGCGGACGUGCAGAAGAAGGAGUAUGUGUGCCCAGGCCCUCACUCGGAGCCUCCGUCCUGCAAUGCCAACUCCAUCUCCUGCCCCUCGGCCUGCACUUGCAGCAACAACAUCGUGGACUGUCGGGGGAAGGGCUUGACGGAGAUCCCCGCCAACCUGCCAGAGGGCAUCGUCGAAAUACGCCUGGAACAAAACUCCAUCAAGUCCAUCCCUGCUGGAGCCUUCAGCCAGUACAAGAAACUGAAGCGAAUAGACAUCAGCAAGAACCAGAUAUCGGACAUCGCCCCUGACGCCUUCCAGGGCCUGAGAUCGCUCACGUCGCUGGUGCUGUACGGGAACAAGAUCACUGAGAUCGCCAAGGGACUGUUCGACGGGCUGGUGUCCUUGCAGCUGCUCCUCCUCAAUGCCAACAAGAUCAACUGCCUGCGUGUGAACACGUUCCAGGACCUGCAGAACCUCAACCUGCUCUCCCUCUAUGACAACAAGCUGCAGACCAUCAGCAAGGGGCUCUUUGCCCCUCUGCAGUCCAUCCAGACACUCCACUUAGCCCAAAACCCGUUCGUGUGCGACUGCCACUUGAAGUGGCUGGCCGACUACCUCCAGGACAACCCCAUCGAGACCAGCGGGGCCCGCUGCAGCAGCCCGCGCCGGCUGGCCAACAAGCGCAUCAGCCAGGUCAAGAGCAAGAAGUUCCGCUGCUCAGGCUCGGAGGACUACCGCAGCAGGCUCAGCAGCGAGUGCUUCAUGGACCUCGUGUGCCCGGAGAGGUGUCGCUGCGAGGGCACCAUCGUGGACUGCUCCAACCAGAAGCUGGCCCGCAUCCCAAGCCACCUGCCCGAAUACGCCACCGACCUGCGACUGAACGACAAUGAGAUAUCUGUUCUAGAGGCCACCGGCGUCUUCAAGAAGUUGCCCAACCUACGCAAAAUAAACCUGAGCAACAACAAGAUCAAGGAGGUGAGAGAGGGCGCCUUCGACGGGGCAGCGGGCGUGCAGGAGCUGAUGCUGACGGGGAACCAGCUGGAGGCAGUGCACGGGCGCACGUUCCGCGGCCUCAGCGGCCUCAAGACCUUGAUGCUGAGGAGUAACCUGAUCAGCUGUGUGAGCAACGACACCUUCGCUGGUCUGAGCUCCGUGAGACUGCUGUCCCUGUAUGACAACCGCAUCGCCACCAUCACCCCCGGAGCCUUCACCACGCUUGUCUCCCUGUCCACCAUAAACCUCCUGUCCAACCCCUUCAACUGCAACUGCCACCUGGCCUGGCUCGGCAAGUGGCUGCGGAAGAGGCGGGUGGUCAGCGGGAACCCCCGGUGCCAGAAGCCGUUCUUUCUCAAGGAGAUCCCUAUCCAGGACGUGGCCGUCCAGGACUUCACCUGUGAAGGCAACGACGACAGCAGCUGUCACCUGGGCCCGCGCUGCCCCGAGCAGUGCACCUGCGUGGAGACGGUGGUGCGCUGCAGCAACAGGGGCCUCCGCGCCCUCCCCAGAGGCAUCCCCAAGGACGUGACGGAGCUGUACCUGGAAGGAAACCACCUAACGGCGGUGCCCAGGGAGCUGUCCGCCCUCCAGCACCUGACACUGAUCGACCUGAGCAACAACAGCAUCAGCGUGCUGACCAACCACACCUUCAGCAACAUGUCUCACCUCUCCACCCUGAUCCUGAGCUACAACCGGCUACGCUGCAUCCCCAUCCACGCCUUCAACGGGCUGCGGUCCCUCCGAGUGCUAACCCUCCACGGCAACGACAUCUCCAGUGUCCCCGAAGGCUCCUUCCACGACCUGACGUCCCUCUCCCACCUGGCCCUGGGAACCAACCCGCUGCACUGCGACUGCAGCCUGCGCUGGCUGUCGGAGUGGGUGAAGGCGGGCUACAAGGAGCCUGGCAUUGCCCGCUGCAGCAGCCCCGAGCCCAUGGCCGACCGGCUCCUGCUCACCACCCCCACCCACCGGUUCCAGUGCAAAGGGCCGGUGGACAUCAGCAUUGUGGCCAAGUGCAACGCCUGCCUCUCCAGCCCGUGCAAGAACAACGGGACGUGCAGCCAGGACCCCGUGGAGCUCUACCGCUGCGCCUGCCCCUACGGCUACAAGGGCAAAGACUGCACCACGCCCAUCAACACCUGCAUCCAGAACCCCUGUCAGCACGGAGGCACCUGCCACCUGAGCGAGAGCCACAAGGAUGGGUUCAGCUGCUCCUGCCCCCUGGGCUUCGAGGGGCAGCGGUGUGAGAUCAACCCGGACGACUGCGAGGACAACGACUGCGAGAACAAUGCCACCUGCGUGGACGGGAUCAACAACUACGUGUGCGUCUGCCCGCCUAACUACACGGGUGAGCUGUGCGACGAGGUGGUCGACCACUGCGUGCCUGGGCUGAACCUCUGUCAGCAUGAGGCCAAGUGCAUCUCGCUGGACAAAGGGUUCAGGUGCGAGUGUCCCCUCGGCUACAGCGGGAAGUUCUGCGAGGUGGACGUCGAUGACUGCGCGGCCCACAGCUGCCGCCACGGGGCCCAGUGCGUGGACGCCGUCAAUGGCUACACGUGUGCCUGCCCCCAGGGCUUCAGCGGGCUCUUCUGCGAGCACCCCCCGCCCAUGGUGCUGCUGCAGACCAGCCCCUGCGACCAGUACGAGUGCCAGAACGGCGCCCAGUGCAUCGUGGUGCAGCAGGAGCCCACCUGCCGCUGCCCCCCGGGCUUCGCUGGCCCGCGCUGCGAGAAGCUCAUCACCGUCAACUUCGUGGGCAAGGACUCCUACGUGGAACUGGCCUCCGCCAAGGUCCGGCCCCAGGCCAACAUCUCCCUGCAGGUGGCCACCGACAAGGACAACGGCAUCCUGCUCUACAAGGGCGACAACGACCCCCUGGCGCUGGAGCUGUACCAGGGCCACGUGCGGCUCGUCUACGACAGCCUGAGCUCCCCGCCCACCACGGUGUACAGUGUGGAGACGGUGAACGACGGGCAGUUCCACAGCGUGGAGCUGGUGAUGCUGAACCAGACCCUGAACCUGGUGGUGGACAAGGGGGCCCCCAAGAGCCUGGGGAAGGUGCAGAAGCAGCCGGCCGUGGGCAUCAACAGCCCCCUCUACCUUGGAGGCAUCCCCACCUCCACGGGCCUCUCCGCCUUGCGCCAGGGCGCCGACCGGCCGCUGGGCGGCUUCCACGGCUGCAUCCACGAGGUGCGCAUCAACAACGAGCUGCAGGACUUCAAGGCGCUCCCGCCGCAGGCCCUGGGGGUGUCGCCCGGCUGCAAGUCCUGCACCGUGUGCAAGCACGGCCUGUGCCGCGCCGUGGAGAAGGACAGCGUGGUCUGCGAGUGCCACCCCGGCUGGACCGGCCCGCUGUGCGACCAGGAGGCCCUGGACCCCUGCCUGGGCCACAGCUGCAGCCACGGGCAGUGUGUGGCCGCCGGGCCCUCCUACGUGUGCAAGUGCGCCGAGGGCUACAGCGGGCCCCUGUGUGACCGCAGGAACGACUCCGCCGGCGCCUGCUCGGCCUUCGGGUGUCACCACGGGCAGUGCCACGUCUCCGAGCAAGGGGAGCCCUACUGCCUGUGCCAGCCUGGCUUCGGCGGGGAGCGCUGCGGGCAAGAAAACCCCUGCCUGGGCGAGGUCGUCCGCGAGGUCAUCCGCCGCCAGAAAGGCUACGCCUCCUGCGCCACGGCCUCCAAGGUGCCGGUCCUGGAGUGCCGCGGGGGCUGCGGGCCCCGGUGCUGCCGGCCCACCCGCAGCAAGCGGCGGAAAUACGUCUUCCAGUGCACGGACGGCUCCUCGUUCGUGGAGGAGGUGGAGAGACACUUGGAGUGCGGCUGCCGCCCCUGCUCCUAAGGCCUGCGGCCGCCGGGGACCCCUCCCGGACGCCCUCGAGAUGCGGAGCCAGACAGCGGAAGCUGGAGAGAACAAGAAGAGAAUAUUAAGUAUAUUGUAAAAUAAACUAAAAAUAGAACUUAUUUUUUAUUAUGGAAAGUGACUAUUUUCAUCUUUUAUUAUAUAAAUCUAUCACACCGUCUGAGUAUCUGUACCAUACCGUGAGUUAUUUUUACUGAGUGUUUUGUGUUGUGUAUUUGUCGUGUUUUUAUAAACAGCUGUUAAAAAUUUUAAGAGAAAAGACUAAUAAAAGUGUUUUAAAACAAAA